AACCCAUUCCUACCCCUCCAGCUCAUCAUCCGACCUGGCUCAGCCAUAUAUACCAAUACAGCACCUCGAAAACGUUUACUAUACCUCCCUAGUCAACACCAACUCACAACACCGCAACGAUGCUCCGAGGAACUACUUCCAACGUCCCCAAGGUCCCACUCUUUGGUGUGCCCAAGAGACGCAAGCAGAGGCAGCAACAAGAACAGGAGCAAAAGGACAAAGAAGAGAAGCUUCGCCUACAGGCUCUCGAGGAAGCUGAAUUCGCAACCAAGGCCGAAACUUCAGACUUCCUCCUCUACUACCUUGAGCGAUCCCCCUUCAAGGACCAAUCCGAUCAGAUCUCCAUUGCCUGGGAGAACCUACCUAGCCUAGGCGAGCUCGAGUCUUUUGCCAGGCUCGACAAGACUGCUGGCACACAAGCCUGCCGUCGUUUAUUCAAGGCCGUCGUCAUCUGGGACGAUCUUGGUCUUGAUCUCUGGGAGACCCUUAACAGUACCUUCCACCCUGAAAGCGACGAGGAGGACAGCGAUGAUGAUCUCCUCGACGAAAUCUCAGAAGAGCCCAUUGGCUGGGAUCACGCAAGCCCUCGAAGAUCCCGAUCUCGCGCCAGUUCCAGGACAUCUUCCUCUGAGACACAUAAUUCUGAACGCUCUCGCCAAGUCUCCUCAGAGCGACAAGAUCAGCGUGAGCGUAGCCGCGACUCGCGCAAGACAGCUUCCGCACGAGACCAGAGUGUCAACGGAAGAUUACCUCCCCGGAGACCUAUGGGUCUUCAGGGCGGUAUGAUCAGCGAGUACUACGACAGCCCCUCGCGAUAUCGUGUUCCCAAGAUUGUGCGCGUCCUAUAAGCGCUUACACAUUACCACUCUACGAAUAUUUCUUUUUGUCUCUGAUCUUAUACUGCUUUUUUCAAGCGGGCGUUGGGAAAUUA